GACAAACCCAUGAUUGUUGUUAACUAUAAUGACGAGGAAAAGCAUUUUGCUGCAGAAGAAAUCUCAUCCAUGGUAUUGACAAAAAUGGGCGAGAUUGCUGAAGCUUACCUUGGAUCAACAGUGAAGGAUGUUGUUAUAAUUGUGCCUACAUACUUUAAUGAUUCACAACGUCGCCAGUCUACUUGAGAUGCGGGUGCUAUUGCUGGCCUCAAUGUUUUGCGAAUAAUCAAUGAGCCUUCUGCAGCUGCAAUUGCAUAUGGUCUUGACAUGAAACCUUUUAAUCAUGGAUGUAGAAAUGUUUUCAUUUUUUAUUUAGGUGGUGGUACUCUGGAUGUGUCCAUUCUCACAUUUGAGAAUGGUGCUAUCAAUGUUAAGGCGAUUGCAGGAGACACUCACCUUGGGGGACAAGACUUUGAUAAUACAAUGGUGAACCAUUUUGUGAAAGAGUUCUCGAGGAAGUAUAAAAUCGACAUUAGUGGAGAUCCAAGAGCCCUUAGGAGGUAGAAGUCUGCUUGCGAGAAAGCAAAAAGGAUACUUUCUUCCAAUACUACGACCACCAUUGAGAUAGAGAGUUUAAAUCAAGGUAUAGAUUUCUACUCAUCGAUUAGUCGCGCAAAGUUUGAGGAACUCAACAAGAAUCACUUCGACAAGUGCAUGGAGAUUGUAGAAAAGUGUAUAAUUGAUAGUGGGAUGGACAAGAGUAGCAUUCAUGAUGUUGUCCUUGUUGGUGGCUCUACUAGGAUUGUAAAAGUGCAACAAAUGGUGAGUGAUUUCUUUGGGAGGAAGCUUUUAUGCAAAAGCAUCAAUGUUGAUGAGGCAGUGGCAUAUGGCGCUGCUGUCCAUGCUUCUAUAUUGAGUGGUGAGCGUAGUGAGAAGGUUCAAGAUUUACUAUUGUCGGAGGUCAUUCCUUUGUCCCUUGGAUUGGAGACUCAGGGGGGGAUUAUGAACACAAUAAUCCCUAGGAAUACCAAAAUUCCUGCCAAAAUGGAACAUGUAUUCACCACACAUUUGCACAACCACAUGAAUAUUCUAAUUCAUGUUUAUGAAGGUGAGAGGAAAAUAACUAGGGAAAACACUUUACAAAAAAAAUGCUCUUCCGACUCUGGAGUAUUUGCGAACCGUAGAAAUUUGUAG